UUUUUUGAACAUUCGCUACGUGAUGUCUUGUCAAUCUAUGUAUUAAAACCCAGUCUAUUAAAUUAACAUACAUCAUUAAAAGGUUUACUAGAAUUAAAAAACCAUUUUAUUUUAUACAAAUUUAUACAUUGUAUAUAGAUAACUUUUACCUUUCAGUUAGUCUUAACGAUAAAACUUGAUAUUUAUAGCAUUUGUUUAAAUGAACGACAAAAUUGACAAUGACACAAAAUAACAGAAAACGUGGAAGAAAUCCCAAAGAAGAAGAAAUGGAAUUCAUGCCUCUAUCGAAAAGAAUCAAUAAUCUUCAUAUCAACACCUCCAUGAUAUUAGACAAUGCUAGACUUUCCAAUAGUUUGAAUAACGUUGAAUGGGGUCCCGGUCCUCCUAAUAUCUUAAAUUACCUCCCAGAAUCUCCUCCUAGCUCAGAACAAAGUGUUGAUCUCAACAUUUUACACUACCAUCAAAAUGAUUAUUCACCGGAUUUGACAGAAUCUGAAAACCCACAUUAUUUCAAAAUAAAUAAAUUGCUUUUCGAAAUGUACAUUGAAAGGAUGCAAAGGGGGUGCCAUAAUACUUAAGACUAAUUUUAAAGUACUUGGAGUUUUAUAUAGGAUUAUAAUGAGAUAUGUUUUUGAAUUGUGAAAAAUGGUUUCUAGAACUACAUUUAAUGAUUAUAUUUUUUGCCAGUCUGGUAUGAAGUUUGGAAAUUCUGUUACAAUCCAUACAAACGCCAUUUUUAUUGUUAUUUUCGCUAGAUUUAAAUCGUAAGUAUUUCAGUUUCUUCAAUAUUAUAAUUUAUAUUUUUUUAAUUUCUGAUAAUAGUCACACGAACAAUGUUACAAUAUUGUUAAAUUUGUAACAAAAUUAGUAUUUUUCUAAUUAUUGAUCAUUGGAUUGUGAUAAAAACUCGAUUUUUAGUUCAUAAAUUUGUUCUGUGGAUUGUAUAUACUUUAGACUGGUAACUUUGAAUUCCAAUGACUGUCUCGAACCUCUUUCAUUGUAUUUAUUUUAAUUAUUUCUACGUAUUUAUUAUUAAACUUGAUAACUAUGAAAUA